AUGACACCAACAACAAGGAACGUCCAAAGCUUUUACGACUUCCUUGCACACUCUGCAGAGAUCCGAAAUUUCAUAUACGAGUUCGCCAUCACUGCCGGAACACCGGACACACCAGAAGGCGACGUUCUAGUUCGAGAGGCUGUCCCAGAGCCAUAUGCAACACGUCCCUGGAAGUUUUUCGGCCUCACACAGACCUGUAGGCAGAUUCGGGCUGAGUUUCGUCCGCUCUGGAUGCGAAGCACUUCCAUUCGGCUCAUGGGACUCGAAGCUUCAGUGUCGUUCAUCUCGACCUUCAUGCCGACCAUUGCUGAGUUCAAGCAUGCACCAGAGCGUUUCACCAUUGGAACGCAAUAUGAGAUCGGCCAAGAUUCUCAACGUGAUAUAACACUUCUAUUCCGCAUGAACGCACUCUGUCCCUAUUUCUGUAUUAGCUUCGCGCCGUUUGAGGAUAUCAUGGGGCGACCACCUCCAGACGAGAGAAUAUGCACCUGCUGCGAACAGUUCUUCAACCCCCAAACUGGAGAAUGGAGUGGCACCGGCAUUGAGGAAGAUUGCACAUGUAUACCUUCAGAUGCCGACUUGCAGGACCGGGCGGACUGGGAGGGAUUUCAUGACGAAGAACUGAUAUAUAUGGACCCUCUUUACGAAAUCCAAGGCGCCAGCGAGGCUUGGUGGAGAGAUCUGCAGGAUAACAAGAUCUCAAUCUACAUGACCGCCUCCUUGGUCAAUCUUGUGCCAAGAUUCCGCAUUGUGUACAAAGCACGGAGGCUCAAGAAUGGUAGCAGCCGUCGUCUUAUAAGAGGGCUACGGGACGGAUGGGGUCUACGCGUUCUCAGAGAAGACUACGAUAAUGUAAAGUUUUGUGUACAGUAUAGAAAGAGCAGUGAAGCAAGAGCGGCGACGUAG